AUGGAGCCGGCGGCCACCAGCAUUCAGGUGCUGCUGCAGGCGGCCGAGUUCCUGGAGCGGCGGGAGCGAGGGGCCGCCGGUGCCCGGUACCCAGCCGAGGCCGAGCACGGUUACGCCUCACGGUCCCACCGGGCCGCCGGCAGCGUCAGGUCGGUGCACAACGCGCUGGAGAAGCACAGGAGAGCCCAGCUCCGGUGCUGCCUGGAGCGGUUGAAGCAGCAGGUGCCGGUGGGCACGGGGCCGGCCCGUUCCACCACGCUGAGCCUCCUGCACCGGGCCCGGCUCCACAUCCAGAGACUGGAGGAGCAGGAGCUGAGGGCGCGGAAGGCCAAGGACCGGCUGCGGAACCAGCAGCGGAGCCUGCGGCAGCGGUUGGAGCUGCUGCUGUCGCCCACCGGCGGGGAACGGGUGCGGGCCGACAGCUUGGACUCCUCCCUGCUCUCAGAAUCAGAGGAUGUGGAGAUAGAGGUGGAUGGCACCGUGUUCGGUGGGGACCUGCUGCCCGCCUUUGGCACCGGGAGGGACCACAGCUACUCCAGCCCCUGCAGCCCCACGUCCUGAUGGCACCCGCUGCCUUCCCUGCACUGCCUGCCUGCCUCCUCCCCGCCUGCCGCUGCUGGAGACGCAGCCUCCGCCGGCCUCGCCGCGGCCGCCUGGGUAAGCGGUCACGGGUGGAGGCAAGCACCCGGCUUGGCCACCC